AUGAGUUGGAUAUGCCCUGAGUGUCGUAUCAAAAAACCGCGCAAUGAUAAUUCAAAUACGCCCAAUGUGACAUCACGCCGUGGAAAGCAGGGAACGUCCAAACAAGCGGCCAUAGUCGCUUCCGUAGCCGCGCAAAGCGGCUGCUCCGGCUCAUGUGUGUCGCGCGUGGAGAUGCGUACCAAUUAUGCAGGAGGAACUUCGAGGUUUCAUUAA